CUUCACUCCGAAGCCAAGAAUAGCAGAAGAGCGGAUUCAAAAUCAAAGAGACGGAUCAACGAAGUCUUCCACAGGAGCAAGCUCGAGUAGAUAUGAGGACGGACAAGACGUCGACGCCGGGAAAGGGACCAGGUAAGACAUCAGACCACAGACCAAUGAGAUCGAACGUCUUUCAAAUUCAAGCUCGUCGAGCAUCCAGGACGACAAAGAGGCACGUCGCAAACUCACACCACCAUCGCGCCAUUCCGACGCCUGUCACGUCGGCCUGAUCCAUACCCUAAUGGACUCCACUCCAGCGCAGACAGUCCGCGCCCACCACGUCCCUCGCCGCCAGGACUCGUCGUCUGAUUCUUCGACGCCUUUAUCCGGCGGCAAAACAGCGGAUCCGCGAGGCCAGGAAUCAUCCCAACCGGUCCAUUCAGGUUCCCCGUUCGCCAAAAAGAAGGCUCUGACGACACAAACUCGAUGUGUCGGGGCCGGAUGGCGGAAUUGAAGCCGCGACGACGCCCACGUGCAUGUGGAGGGGGCCCAGUUGGGCAUCUUUGAAUGACGCCGCUGUUUCCAACCGGGUCGUGUCAAAUCUGUUGUUCAGAUCGGUUUCUAAGGCGAGGGCCCACGUUGUGAAAGGAAGAGCGUAGCUAAAGAGGAUAUCCGCCGAUACCGACGAGAUCCACAGUCAUGGUCUUCCUUUCCACUGUGUUCAUUCCAUCGAGAACCCCCGGCGACUUGCAUCUUCUCCACGCAGCAUUUUGCCCACUGCGGCAUAUUGAUUGGUAUCGAAAGCAUUAGCACUGGUCUCACGCUCGCGGUUCAUUUCUGUCCCGGCGCGGGCGUCCGUAGCCAUGUCUUUUAGACAUAUGAAUCAUACCGAGAAUUCGAAGAUCUCGUUGCAACGAUGACUAUCCCGUUCAGUAUCCAACGUUCUGAUGCUUUGAUCCCCGCCGAUUCCAAACGUAAGCGGCCCUGUCGUUGUCUGCGCCCACGAUCACGCAAACGCUGAAGGCACGUUGCAUUUUUUUUUUCUCGGCAAUCUCUUUCAUCGAGACUGAAGCAGGAAACGCUUAGGCGGUACAUGACGAUUCCACCGUACUUGAGCCUCAGAUACCACAAGGCCCCUCGGAAACGAGGCAUGGAUCGACUUUGGAAUGCCAGAUCGUAGCAAAAAGCGCAUAAACAACGGAGGUCCAGCAACAAUGAAUGUUCUCACCUUGUCGCUCGUGGCUCAGCCGGUGCGUUUUGCUCAGAUGCUGAAGCUUGUGACAUGGCCGUCAUCACUCUCCGCGGACGGCCACUAUAUUGGCUCAUGAAGAUUAUAUGCGGUCCAAGCCUCGUGAUGUACGGAUACGACGUUGGCGUCCUCGGUGGCAUGUUGUUGCACAAACCUUUCUUGGACGAGAUUGGCGAUCCCACGAGAAAAUACACCAUUCCACUUGUCUCCAGUUCCUGCACUCUUGCCGCUCGCAUCACCUCUUAGAUCUUCAGCACGUUUGCUUUCCGCAUCGGUCAUUGUGCUACCGUGCUUCUCAGUUGCGUGGCUGCCGUGAUUGGAUCCAUCCUCCAAAGCAGUUCAUAUUCGAUCGCGCAACUCGUGGUCGGUCGAGUGUGCAGCGGAUUCGCUACUGGCUGUAUCUCGAGGUAAGGUAUCCAGAGGUUCAUUCUCUCUGGGAGCAAGUCAGUGAGAAGCAGGCGACGUACCGACAUUUUGACCGAGACGAGUAUGCACGUCGGUCAUCGAGGACCUGCCAACGCCUUGAACGCCAUUCUACGCAUUGGAGGAGGCGAGACAUUCGAGUUUAAAAGAAAAGGACAAAAACUGACGAAGACGAAAGUUUCCCCGGCCUCCUGGGUCGACUAUGGAUUCGUACACAUGAUCAAUCAAGGUUGGCGAUGCUUUUUCCCUUUCCCCCACCCUUCCUGUUUCCUGCUUGCAGACUAGAAUCAAGCACCAUCGCGGAUCCCGAUCGUGCAUAAAAGAGAACUGAAUAACGUAUCACCAUGACGAGAACGUUAAGAGAUCCAAUUCCCAUGUUCUUUUAUAUGCUUUACAAAAUCAUCCUGCCUCAUAACCAGCCUCAAUAAAAUGAGCAUGAGCGUGAACGGCCCCAUCAGGAUAACAGUAUACAACAGGUCCCAUAAUUAUUACAAAACCGAGACAAGAAGAGGAACCUGAAGGGCAAUCAUGGUCCUGUGUCAUCCUAGGGCUUUGAAAGAGAACAGGAUUGAAGAGUAUGAUGGCAGCUACACUGAUCUACGAUAUGAUGUAAAGUGUCUCUGGGUUUAUUCUGAGCCAAAAGCGAUAUUUCAUGAGCAUAACUACACAACCGCACGUCCAAAGAGAUGGCUAUGAACACAACGUUAUGCCCGAAGCUUCUUCGCUUCGGGCUCGGUCGGCG